CUCACGGGAGUGUUUUGGUGUCGGCGGAGCCUCUUGUGCUGUUUGGAGAGUCGAAGCGGCUCCUGGGAGACAAAGAGGGUGCCAAGGAGAUUACUGUGGAAAACAGAAACUGAGAAGCAUCAUUAAAAAGGAAAACAAGUCAUCAAAUACAUUUCUUUUGGAAAGUGAAAACCUCUUUUCAUUCCUCAGCAGAUAAAAGACAAGGGAGAGAAUAACCAACACAUUUUUAGCUGGAAAAAAUAUAUGGAACUGAAGCAAUUGUUACCUAAGAAGUCAAGGGGGAAAAUAUCGGAAUAAAGAAAAAGUGCAAAUACCUGGAAGUCAGUGGGAAGGAGGAAAAGGUCCCUUGGAAAGUUGAGCAUGUAUUAUUUAAAGCAUUUGAGGAAGGAAAUAAUGGCUUGAAUCAAACAACCUCCAUGUAAGAGAUCACAAAUAUUUUUGGUCUCUACAAAAAUCCAAGAAUAUCAGUGUUGAAAAAACAACACAGACAGCUUCACUUGGGGGGCGGAGGGGGAAACACAUUGUAGAUCACAGCUGACUAUGCAUAAGAGGAUCCACCAAAUGAAGCACCAUAGAAAAGUUUGCAAAGCUUCACUCAGAAAAGCUCCUUCAUGAUUGAUGGAAGGACCCAUACCAGAGAGAAGUGCUGCCAAUGUGACAAAAGAUUUACAAUGCAGACCAAUAUGGUGAGUCAGAAGAGGACUUGCACUGGCAAUAAACACUUUGAAUGUCCUGAUUGUGGGAAAAGUUUCACAUGGAAUUCUGAGUUGGUGAUACACCAGAGGACUCAUACAGGAGAGAAACCAUAUGAGUGUCCAGAUUGUGGGAAAUGUUUCAGUCUGAAUUCCAAUCUUUUGAGACAUCGAAGGACUCACACAGGAGAAAAACCAUACGAGUGUUUGGAUUGUGGGAAAAGUUUCAGAUGGAAUUCCCACCUGGUGGAACACCAGAGGACUCAUACAGGAGAGAAACCAUAUGAGUGUCCAGAUUGUGGGAAAUGUUUCAGUCUGAAUUCCAAUCUUUUGAGACAUCGAAGGACUCACACAGGAGAAAAACCAUACGAGUGUUUGGAUUGUACGAAAUGUUUCCAGAAUAAUUCUCAUCUGGUGAAACAUCAGAGGAUUCACACAGGAGAAAAACCAUAUGUGUGUCUAGAGUGUGGGAAAAGUUUCAGUCAGAAUUACGACUUGCUUAUACACCAGAGGACUCACUCGGGGGAGAAACCAUAUGAGUGUCCUGUUUGUGGGAAAAGUUUCAGUAAGAAUUUCAGUCUGGUGAGACAUCAGAGCACUCACACAGGAGAGAAACCAUAUGAGUGCUUGGACUGUGGGAAACAUUUCAAUCAAAAUUCCCACCUGGUAGAACACCAAAGAACUCACACAAAAGAGACACCAUAUAAGUGUCCAGAUUGUGGGAAAAGUUUCAUUCGAAAUUCUGACUUGGUGAUACAUCAGAGGACUCACACAGGAGAAAAACCAUAUAAGUGUCCUGAUUGUGGGAAAGGUUUUUCUCGGAAUUCUUCCCUGGUGCUACACCAGAGAACUCACACAGGGAACAAACCAUAUGAGUGUCCGGACUGUGGGAAAUGUUUCACUCAGGGUUCCAACCUGGUGAAACACCAGAGGACUCACACGGGAGAGAAACCAUAUGAGUGUCCUGAUUGUGGGAAAAGUUUCAGUAAGAAUUUCAAUGUGGUGUUACACCAGAGCACUCACACAGGAGAGAAACCAUAUGAGUGUCUGUAUUGUGGGAAAAGCUUCACUCAGAAUUACAACCUGGUGAUACACCAGAGGAUUCACACAGUAGAUAAACCAUAUAAGUGCCCUGAUUGUGGGAAAGGUUUCCUUUGGAAUUCUCAACUGGUUUUACACCAGAGAACUCACACAGGCAAUAAACCAUAUGAAUGUCCGGACUGUAGGAAACAUUUCACUCAGAGUUCCAAAUUGGUAAUACACCAGAAAAUUCACUCCAGAGAAAAAACAUAUGAGGGUCUCAUAAAUCAUGUAAGGUUACACAUAAGGGAGAAACCAUUUAAUGCCUAGAUUGCUUAUAGUUUUCCGGACAAAAUUCCUCUCUUAUUGUACAGAAGAUAUUCCAUGAGGUGUAAUUUGAUGUGUGUAGAGGAAUCAUCAUUAUCAUUUUUGAUCUCAUGCCAAGCUCAGCUGAGAAAUUAACAAUUCUAAUUUCUCAGCUGAUUGUUUUUAUUAUUAAACAUGAAGGAGGAGAUCUGUGUUGGGAGAUCCAAGCCCUUCUGAGCUUCCUUUCUGUGGCCCAGUACAGUUAUUCCCUUCCACACAGGGAUGACAGGUGAAGGCCUAUAUUUGGCCAGCGAAAGAAACCUGCCCAGCAACAAAAUUCAGCUAAGAAAUAGAGAUGAACACUGACUCCUAGAGUCGGACAUGACCGGGCAGAGGAAACCUUUAGGAGGAGAAAAUCCUGUCAAAUUUCAUAGGAAAGAGUGUUCCCAUAAAAUAGUUUAUGAGAAAUAGUUCCCAUAGGGCUGGAGCUGCAGUAGAAAAGGUUCGUUCUUAAACUCCUAUCAGUAAAAUUUAAAGGAAUGGGCAAGGAGGAUGGCCCUCCAUCUCAACCAGUAGAACAGGUAGAUGCAAAAAAAAUAAAGGUAUGAGAAUAAUGACAGGUGCCCCACUGGCACAGCGCUUAUAAUGCAGUAUUGCUAGCUGACAUUCACCACACCUGCAAUUUGAUCCUGAUGGGGCUUAAGAUUGACAGCCUUCAAUCCAGCUGAGAUCCGUAAAUGAUUGUUGGGGGCUAUAUGCUGACUCUGUAAACCAAGACUGCUAUAAAUGGUUCUCUGGUGAUAUAUUGCUAUAAUAAAGAAAUAGCUUUAAAGGGGAUGACCAGGAACUUUAAUUGUAUCUGCAAAGAAAACAAUCCAGUGCAAC